UUACCUACGAGGAGGGACACUGUUCUUGAUUAUCGUCGCUCAAAGCACACGAGAAGAUGGAUGGAAGGCGCGAUUUGCCAACAAUGGGGGAGCUUCCAGGCGAUGGCGCGUAGGGUUGCUUCUCGCGGAGCUAGCAACGAUUGCCCGGUGAGCGCUGCGUCGGUCUAGGCUGGGAGCGAUCGCUAUAGCGCCUUGCGCUUAGGGCUUUAGGACGAAUUUGUGGGAAUUCCUGGCGAAUUCCUGGCAGCGGCUAGGCAGCGGCUUGUGGUUGGGAAAUUUCGGUAGCGCAGCUCUUAGCUAGCAGGGAUUUCCAGCACCGAGCGGGAGUUCUAGAACAGGUGAUGAGAAAUCUUGUGGCAGUGGCGCGAUGUGGGAUUGGGAUAGAAUCACCAGCGGCGGCUAGGCAGGAAAAUCUCUGGGAAAUAUUGCAUGGGAUGGAGUGGCGGCUCGCGGCGCGUUUUAUAAUGCCUUGAGAAGAGCCGGGUUUAAUUUUUCUUUCUCUCUUCCUACGUCUAUGGAGGUUUUGUCCACACGACAUGGAUGAUAUGGAAGCAAGCGAAGCAUCUUCCACUCCAGGUAACAGCGAGGCGCCGGAGCAACGCUCGUUUCUUGCGCAGACCACUGAAGAAGUUGCCAGAGCCGCCGUAGCGGCCGCUGCCGCGAUCAGGCCUCGACCAUCCAUUGUGGUUUCGUCCAGGCAUCCGAUUGAUAGCAGCAGUGCGUUCCAGAACAACAAUAGCUUUAACAAAUGGAGGCGCCAGCUUCAAAAGGUGUGGAAGUGGGGCUUGUACCCGCGUGAAGGUGGCAAGAAGAGCUCUUUCAAUCCAGAGCUGCUGACCAAACAAAAGCGCCAGUGGAUCGAGCUGCAGCUUCAAGCGUUGGAGAAGAAGCAGAAGAAGGAACCAACCAGCAUCUUUGAGCAUUUUGUGGUGGUCGGCUUGCAUCCCGAGACUAAUGUGGAGGUUGUGGAGGCCGCGUUUGCGAAGAAGAAGGCCUGGGAGAGGAAUGUGGAGAAAGCUGAGCGGCUGAGCGAGGCCGAUCGGCAGUACCGCGGUGCUCCGGCUCCUACGUUGGAGCCUCAAGUACUCUUCAAGUAUCCUCCAGGGAAACGUCUACCUUUAAGAAGCAAAGAUCUCCCAUCGUUUUGCUUCCCGAGUGGUGUCGAAGCCAAAGUCGUUGAGCGGACACCUUCCAUGAGCGAUUUGAACGAGGUCGUUUAUGGACAGGACCAUCAGGUGCGAGAUGAUCUGUCUUUCGUUUUUGUUCUCAAGGUAGCAGAUAAUGCAACUCUUUAUGGAAUCUGCAUUUUCGUUCGCGAGAUUGUUCAAAGGGCGCCAGGAUUUUUUUCAGUAAACACGCCCUUAUCGUCGUCCAGGUUGACGCGAAGCCGGUUUCUGGUCUCCGCACCCCGAUGCUACUGCAUUCUCACGAAGCUUCCUUUUUUCCACCUACAUUUUGAAGUAUUGCAGAGUAUUAUUGCACAGGAGCGGCUUGAUCGGAUCAACCAAUGUGUUAGCGAAAUGAAGAUAUCCGACUACGUGCCUCCACUUGUUAAGCUAGGAAGUAAGGCAAAUGGGAAAGCCAAUUCCCCAAGGGAUGACGAUGAGGACGGCUGGAUGGAGAGUGCUAUUCCCGUCGAAGACGUUCUAGGGGCAACAGCAGCAGCUGCGGGCUUGAUUUCCGAGAGCGAGAUGAACUCAUUUUCUUCUCUGAAGCACUCUAGCUUCUCCGAGAGAGACACUGAGUCGGGAGAAAGUGCUGAGAUUUGUGCGACUGCCGAGAGUAGAGAAUCAAACGGGCAUAUGGUGGAACAGAAUGAGUCAGAGUUGCAAGCGUCUUCGCCAGAUGAUGUCCUUGCCAGCAGUACUGUGGAUACGCCUCCGUCACACCGUGGCCAUGAACGAGCUGAAAGCUCCGACUCCAUUUACAGUGUUGUGGAAAGCUGUACUCAAAGCCUGGAUUCUGACGAAGAAAAUUGCGAGACAAGCGGUUUGGGUCAGGAUGACAUCGGUGUCGACUCUGUUUUCAAAUGGGCCGAGGAAAAUAACUGUGACGCGUUGCGUAUAAUCUGUAUGUAUUACCAGCUUCCAGUACCUCCCAGAGGCAGUCCGGUGUUUUUCCGGCCUCUCGACCAUCUACAACCUUUGAACUUUGUCAGACCUCGGGAAGCAACCGACGAUCCAGAUGGAUCGAAGAGCGGCCUGGAGCUAGCUGAGGCCCACGAAACUGCAGCGGCGGAAGAAGAGGCCAUUCUACUGUCGCUGUGGACUGUGUCUACCGUGUGCAGAUCACUCUCCCUUGAUACCAUACUCUCUAUGGUUGCUGGAGCUUUACUCGAGAGACAAAUGGUGGUUGUUUGUCCGAACGUUGGCAUUUUAUGUGCAGUUGUCCUCUCCAUAAUCCCCAUGCUGAGACCAUUUCAAUGGCAGAGUCUACUGCUGCCGGUACUUCCAUAUAAAAUGCUGGACUUUCUGGACGCCCCGGUGCCUUUUGUAGUUGGCGUCCAACACAAAAGCUCUGAAGUGCGCUCCAAAAUUUCCAACUUGAUGCGUGUGAAUGUAUAUAAGAACCAGGUGACAGUGUCUUACUUGCCUCAGUUGCCGAGACAGAGAGAGCUGGUAGCGGCACUGGAAACGUAUCACUCCGAGCUCGCGGCUGUGGACUUUAAAGCAAAGAGACAUCCAGUCCACGAGUAUACGGAAUCACAGGCACAGGCAGCGGAUGGCUUUUUGAGGACUCUUAGAAGCUACUUAGAAUCGCUAUGCGCGGACGUGCGCGCUCACACGAUCACAAACGUUCAAUCUAAUAAUGACCGAGUCUCGUUGCUUUUGAAGGAGAGUUUUAUUGAUUCCUUCCCCAGCCGAGAUCGUCCUUUUAUCAAGCUUUUCGCUGAUACUCAACUCUUCUCGGUACAUACUGACGCCGUUCUAUCGAGCUUCUGAUAAGUGUACACUGGCAGGCUUGUAAUUUUUUUCUUUCUUUCUUGGUUCCCUCACACUUUUAUCCAGCUGAGGGGGUGUAUCUACAUAUAAAAGAGAAACUUUUGAGACAAAAAGAGCCACUCAUAUAGUAAGUUAAUAGUUUUACAAAACGGAGAAAAAAGAAGAAAAAA